AUGGCUAAAAUAAAUUUAAAUUAGCCAUUUUAUUCAUAUCCAGUAGACAAGGUGGUAGAUUCAGUGUAAACAAAUUUAAAUGAGUUGGAGAAGGAAGAGAAUGAGAGUAUAUGGGAAAAGAUAAAUGAAUAAUUUGAAGAUAAUUUAGUGAGAAUAUUAUUAUUAGCUGGAGUGAUGAUAUUAUUUGUGAUUUUAUAAUUUAAAGAGUUAAGUAAAUUUGCAUGCAACCAUUUUGGGUAAUGCCAUGCGUAAUUUUUACAAUAUUAAUAUUAACUGCAGCAGUAGAUAAAGGGUAAGACUUGGAUGCCGAAAUAGCAAUAGAAGUAAAAAUAAUAAAUAAAUAAAUAAUUUAUGUAUUGAAAGAUUUAUAAUUUCUACAUGCAAUAGUAUUAAGAGAUGAAGUAAGGGGUUAAAUAGAAGUAAAAGAUUUAGUAAUAGGCGAUUAGUAGAAAUUAAAUAAGGAGAUAGAAUUCCUGCAAAUUUAAGAAUGGUUGAAUUGAAGACAAUCACUAUAAAAACAGAUAAAGUAUAUAUUAUAUCAAAUAAUAAAAUCAAUUUUGACAGCAGAAGUCAAUCCUGUAAUUAAAAUAAUUGAUUCAGUAUAAAAAGAAUAAGCAAUAGUAUUAGAUAAAAUUAAUUUCUUAUUAUCAGGAACAUAAGUAUUUAAUGCUAGGAAUUGUUUAUAACACGGGAAUGAAAACUGAAAUCGGAAAAUAUUUUAAAAGAACUUUAAGAUGCUGCUAUAAAGAAAAAUAAGAAGAUGAUGCUCCAUUAUCAAAAAGAUUAGAUGAAUAAGGAUAAGAGAUAAAUUAGCUAAAUAUGUUACUGAAAGAUUAUCUACUGUUAUUACAACUUUUUUAGCUUUAGGAGCUAGAAGAAUUGCCAAAUACAGAGUUAUUGUACAUAAAUUACCAAAAGUAUAGGAUUUACUACUUUUAUUUGCUCAGUUAAAACUGGUACUUUAACUACUAAUGA